AUGAGAUGUGUUGCUGGAGAGUGCUGCAGUGGAGAGCAGGAGCCAACUGACCCCCCUGUCCAUCAGUCAGGAGUGUACAGGAGACAGCAGGCCUGUAGACAGACAGACGGACAGAGCUACAGGCCUCCCCAAAGAGCCAGCCAGAGACACACACACAGACAGAGCAGAGAGCCCCAAGGACUCCUGCUCAGAGUACCGUGUGGAGUGGCGGAGGUACGGCCCAUCCAGUUGGUGGUAGCCAGGAAGUGCUGUCCCUUACUGUACUGCAUCUCUGGAACUCAGGAAGUGGAUCUGUACCUUGAGAAGACACAGUACUUUGGUGUGUGUGAGCUGCUAGACUCGACUCGUUCAGGCAGCGGUCUGCCUCUCCUCCGCUACGACAGUUCCUUCGAAAGCAUGGCCUCUGUCCUGGAGGAGAGGUUCCCCAAGCUACACAGUGCAGUGAUCCGGACCCAGGUUUUAAUACAACACUACUGUGUGGCCAUGAUGGCCGUGUCGGGUCGGUCUGGCUCAGGGGGGCGAAGCCAACAUAAACACACCUCCGUCGAGACGCUGGAGAUCGUCCAGAGCCUGGUUAGCUCCGCCCAGCGAUGCCCCUCCCACCACGGUCACAUGGUGCUGCUACGGCUCCCCUCAUUGGCACUGGCAAGGUGGGCCCACCAACGGCUGGUGCGGAUCAGACAGAGACUGGGGCUGGGGGAGCGCUUUGAGAUCAUCCUGGGAAACCCCAGCCAAACCCUCAGCAUAGGACAGAGCUUCACUGAGCGCAUCAAGACAUGGCUGAAGAUCCAGGAGACAGACUGGUUGUCUCGUAACCUGGAGCUAGAGGCCCUGCCCUGCAUCCUCAUCCUCUCUGGGGCAGACCCCCUGGGAGAGUCCCUACCCAGAUCACUGAAGUACUGUGAUCUGCGUGUGAUAAGCUCCUCCUACCUGCAGCGCACGGCAUUGGAGCAGGAGCUAGGAUUGGCGGCCUACCUGGUGAGGGUGGAGUCCCAGGGGUCACAAUCCACACGGCCACGCCCCCGGCCUGGGCAGUUCUCCAGCCCCCCGAACCUUCCGAUAGCAUGGCUGCGGACCCCUCCAUCCCCCACCACCCCCCAGAUCCCUCACCGCCCCCAACACCCAGGGCCGGCCCUCCAAGUCCACUACUUGGAUUUCUCUCUCUCCUUCAGGGCUGUCCUGGGCAACGAGGGUGAGCCGCCCCCCCUUCUGCUGCUGCCGACGGAAGACUCUAUGACUCAUCAAGGCAUGCGACGGGAAGCGGGCUGCUCGCUGCACCUCCUCUACCACCGGUCUGUGACCUGGGCCCAGCUCCUUCAGGUAUACACAGACAUACACACAUGCAGACUGCUGCUCAGUGGACCCCCACAGGUGGGGAAGACAGGGGCGUACCUCCAGUUUUUGGGCAUCCUGUCUCGUAUGCUGAUCAGACUGAUGGAGGUGGACAUCUAUGAUGAGGAAGAUAUCAACUUCAGUGGUCAGCUGGAGCGUGUCCAGUACCGGCCAACAUGUGCCUCCUGGCCAGUCACAGACACACUGAGGGGCAUGCCGUUUGACUACACCGUCCACCACCCCAAAUAUGAAGACAUCAGCACUGUUUACUGCCCUGACUACUACCCCAACACUGAUGGAAUCCCCAGACGUCAGGAGGACGUGUAUCUGCGGAGGCGUACGGCCAGAAUCAAACUGUCCAAAUACGCAGCCUACAACACCUACCACCACUGUGAACAGUGUCACCAGUACAUGGCUUUCAACCCCGGAUACCAGCAACACCACUUCAGCUUCAGCCAACCAGGAGGCCAACUAGAGAGCAUGAGACUGCCCCUCGCCUCCGAUUGGAACCCAGACUGUAUCAAGAGUCCCAUCUUCACCCCAACAACAGGUCGUCAUGAGCAUGGCCUGUUCAACCUGUACCACGCCAUGGAUGGGGCGGCCCACCUCCACAUCCUGGUCAUCAAGGAGUAUGAGAUGGCUGUCUAUAAGAAGUACUGGCCCAACCACAUUAUGCUGGUGCUGCCCACCAUCUUCAAUGGAGCCGGGCUCGGUGCGGCCCACUUCCUGAUCAAGGAGCUGUCCUAUAACAACCUGGAGCUGGAACGCAGCCGCAGGGUGGAGGGAGGAGGGCCGCCAGCCGACGUCUGGCCCUUCAUCAUCCUCUCUGACGACUCCUGCGUCAUGUGGAACGCUGUGGACCUGGACUCACACAGUACCUCAGGCCCUGUAGAGAGGAGUGUGUCUCUGAAGCAGGUGCUGCAGCACAUGGAGGCGUGUCCUGACCUCACACAGUUUGGCCUCUGUGGGAUCAGGAAGUGGAGCAGUCACUCCCCAGGUCAGGGUCAGGGGUCAGGGGGAGGAGCUCGUCACAGAGAGCCUUUCUCCAGAGGACACCUCCACGACUUCCUGCUUCUAAACGUGGACCUGACCCAGGGCAUCCAGUUCAACCAGAACAGGUUUACGUGUGAUGAUGUGGACUUCACCCUGCGAGUCCACAGUGCUGGUCUGCUCAUCUGUCGUUUCAACAACUUCAGUGUGAUGAAGAAACAGAUCUCUAUUGGAGGAUACCACACCUUCAUCAUCAAGAACAAGAUGACUGACGUCCCCACCUCGGUCCAGCCGUCUCAGUAUAUCUGUGCCCCGGACAAGCAUCCAUUCCUGGCCACGCCUGCACAGCUACUGCUGGAGAAAUACCUGCAACACUCUAGCCUGUUCCCCCUUAGCACAUGCAACUACACACACCCCAUACUGUCUGUAGCCUGCUACCUCAACCUGGGGCCGGAGGUGACGGUGUGUUUUGUGAGUUCCAGACCUCGCUCCAUCAACAUCUGUACUACAGGGCUGCUGUUCAGCGGCCUGCUGCUCUGCUUCUGGGAUUCCUUCGUCACGCCAGGAUUCCUAAAGAACUUUCACUUCCUCAAAGGGGCGGUUCUGUGUGUGAUAUGUGCUGACCGUAGCUCUCUGAGACAGACAGUGGUGAGGCUGGAGCUCGAGGACGAGUGGAGGUUCCGGCUGAGUGACGAGUUCCAGACAGCCAACGCUAAAGAGGACCGGCCCCUCUUCUUCCUCACAGGGAAACAUAUAUGAACCCCCCUACUCCCAAACCCAUGAAUCUCAAGCCGUACCCCUCAUCUUGAACCCUGCUGUAGGUUCAAAACAGAAAGCCAAAAACUGUCUGUACUCUUCUGGUGGAUCAAGCCAAUAACCCAUGCAGAGAGUAGCUGCUAGUGAAUAUAGCUAUGAGUCUGCGACUGGUAUGGCUCUGUUUACUGUAGCAUUGCUGUGGUAUUUACUACAAUACUACAAUACUCCAAUCAGCCCUCCACCUCUCUGUUGUGAUUUGUUACACGUCAUCAUUCCACAGUACAUGCCACCAUUCUUAUUGUAGUUAAUGAGGUAUCGAUUUUUUAAAGAUAUUUUUUGUGAUAUACAAUGAUUAAAUAUUUUGCAUAUAUUUUGACAGUUUUGUGUCAUGUAAAAAGUACUUAUCUAUGUAAAAGAAGAUGUUCUCUGUAGUGAUUUCACACCAGUGUUCUUUAAGAGGUGUUACGUGAGGACUCUUAUGUGUAUGUGGCUCUCAUUUCUGACGCUCCGUGUUUGUGGUCUCUUGAUUAUCAAUAUGUUGAGAAACUUGAAUUGAUGUUGUCAUGUUCUAUAGACACAAUGGCCUGUGUACUGUAUGUUUUACAAUGUAUAAAUGUACAUAUUCUGAAAACAGUCUCAAUCUAU